AUGACCCGCGUUGAAGAAAAAACGUCAACUGCCCCAUCUGAUUCAGAAGCUCCAGCCUUGAGCACCAGGGCUGAACAGAAACGGAAUUCUGCUCCAUCCAGGAAAAACGUUGAAGAAGCAAUGGUGUCUGGCCCAUCCAAUUCUGAAACUCCCUUGGCAUCAGAAGAUCAUGUUCAUGAUGAACAAAAGGUGAUUGCAUCCCUUCCAACAGAAAAAAGCAUUCCACCACCACUCAAAGACAAUGAUCAAGUUGUACCACAACAAGAAGAUAAUGGUGAUGAUGGAGAAGAUAUCAGGCAAUCAUCACCAGAGGACAACGGCCCGCCUGCACCGUAA